AUGAAAGAAACUAUCGUAUCAAACUCUGAAAAAGCUUUUGUUCAAAAAUUAAUUACAAGUGGCCAUCGUUUAGAUGGGCGAACUUACAAGGAAACAAGAAACCACCAAAUUUCAUUCGGUUCCGAUUAUGGAAGCUGUAUCGCUUCAUUGGGAGAAACCAAAGUUAUGGCGCAAGUGUCGUGUGAAGUUGUUCAACCUAAACAAAUAAGGCCAAAUGAAGGUAUUUUAUAUAUCAAUGUUGAGGUAGGACCCAUGGCAGCACCACAAUUUGAAGCAAAUCGACAGUCAGAUCUUACAGUAUAUCUCAACAGAUUAUUAGAGAAAUGCUACAAGGAUUCCAAAUGUAUUGAUUUAGAAUCACUAUGUAUUGUUGUUGAAGAAAAGGUAUGGUCAAUACGAGUCGAUGUCAAAAUUCUGAACCAUGAUGGUAACCUAAUAGAAUGUGCCAGUAUAGCAACACUGGCCUCAUUAGCACAUUUCAAACGGCCAGAUGUAACAAGGGCAGGAGACAAAGUAAUAAUUCAUACGAUGACUGAAAAAGAUCCCAUUCCUACUGUGUUAUAUCACUAUCCAGUUUGUUUGACGUUUGCCAUAUUUGGAAGCGAUAUUCUUAUUUCUGAUCCAAGCUAUAUAGAAGAAGCAGUGUGCAUGUCUGUUGUAGAUGAAGAUAAUGUUGGAGGUGGAUUACUAGUUGUUGGAAUUAACCAGUAUAAGGAGCCAUGCUUGCUCGACUUAACUGGUGCUGCUAUACACAGUGUAAAUAUUGUGCACAAAGCAAUUCUUAGUGCUUCAGAGAGAGGGAAGUUGAUAAUUGACAUUGUAAAAAAAAGUAUUAUAAGUGAUGAUACAUUAAGACAAAAAAGAGCUAGAAUCAAUUACAAGGAUAUUAUUACAAAUGAACACAGACAAUCAUUGAUUAGGAAAGAACUAAGUAUUCGCUUAAAGAACUUCAACACAAAUGAACUGAAACAAGAAAGUGAGGAAGAAAUGGACCAAGAUGAUGAUGAUGAUGUUAAAAUAAUUGAGCCUAGUAAAUAUGAUAUUGUUGCCACUUUACCAAAAACAGCAGAAAUCAAUGCCAAGACAGGGAAGUCUGCAUGGAUUGAAAUUUCAUCCGAUUCAGAAGUGGAGUGA